CAGAGCCCGAGGCGCCGGCUUGCGCGGCGUGUUCCGUCCAGUUCCGGUGCCUGACUCCGGGCUCUGUCCCCGGCGUGGGGCUCUUGUCGUUGGCGCCGUGCAGUUAGGUCAUCUGCCAGUAGAGGGCGUGUUACAUGCGUUACUCAAAGUGACUACAGUGCCAUGGGGACCGCACUCGUGUACCACGAGGACAUGACGGCCACCCGGCUACUCUGGGAUGACCCUGAGUGUGAGAUCGAGUGUCCUGAGCGCCUGGCUGCUGCCCUGGAAGGCCUGCGUCACUGUGGCCUUGAGCAGAGGUGCCUGCGCUUGUCAGCCUGCGAGGCAUCAGAGGAGGAGCUGGGCUUGGUGCACAGCUCCGACUUUGUGGCCCUGGUACGGAAAACCCAAGCUAUGACCAAGGGGGAGCUCCAGGCACUAUCUAAACAGUUUGACGCUGUCUACUUCCAUCCGGACACCUUUCAUUGUGCCCGGUUGGCAGUGGGGGCUACACUGCAACUGGUAGAUGCUGUGCUGACAGGAGUUGUGCACAAUGGGUUUGCCCUAGUGAGGCCUCCAGGACACCACAGCCAGAGGGCAGCAGCCAAUGGAUUCUGUGUGUUCAACAAUGUGGCUAUAGCAGCCAAAUAUGCCAAGCAGAAACAUGGGCUGCACAGGAUCCUCAUUGUUGACUGGGAUAUCCACCAUGGUCAAGGCAUUCAGUAUAUCUUUGAAGAUGACCCUAGUGUCCUUUAUUUCUCCUGGCACCGUUAUGAGCAUGGGCGCUUCUGGCCAUUCCUUCGAGAGUCGGAUGCAGAUGCAAAUGGGCAGGGGCAGGGCCGAGGCUUCACUGUCAACCUACCCUGGAACCAGGUUGGAAUGGGAAAUGCUGACUACUUGGCUGCCUUCCUGCAUGUGCUGCUCCCCUUGGCCUUUGAGUUCAACCCUGAGCUGGUGCUGGUCUCAGCAGGAUUUGACUCAGCUAUUGGGGACCCUGAGGGGCAGAUGAGGGCCACACCUGAGUGUUUCGCCCACCUCACACAGAUGCUGCAGGUGUUGGCUGGUGGCCGAAUCUGUUUUGUGCUGGAGGGUGGCUACCACUUGGAGUCACUGGCGCAGUCAGUGUGCAUGGUAGUGCAGACACUGCUGGGUGAUCCUGCACCUCUUCUGCCAGGGCCCAUGGCACCAUGUCAGAGUGCUUUGGAGUCCAUCCAGAGUGUCCGGGAAGUCCAGGCCCCUCACUGGAAAAGCCUCCAGCAAGAUGUGUCUCCAGUGCUGAGUCCCAUUACCCAUUCUCCAGAGCAGAGGUCCUUGGCCUUGAUUCCUGAGGGUACCACAUGCAAGGCAGUAGGAACUGCAUUGAGCCCUCUCCUGGACAGAUUGGGUCUUCGCCCCACUCCCCCUGUCCGCACAGCUGUUGCCUUAACACUGACAAGUGCUGCCCUAGCCCUACCCCCUGAUGUGCUCCAUCAGGAUGGGCUACCUCUAAGAGAAGAGACAGAAGUCUGUGUCAGGCUGCAUGAGUCCUUGGCCCAGGAUGAGGCCCUUGCUGCAAUUGGGAAGCUCCUGUGCCUGUUAGAUGGAAUCCUGGAUGGGCAGGUGAGCAGUGGCAUAGCAGCCACACCAGCCACUGUUGCUGUGGCCACCUUAGAUGUGGUCAUUCAGCGAUGCCUGUCCCAUGGAGCUCAGAGGUUGCUCUGUGUGGCCCUGGGACAGCUGGAUCAGCCCUUGAAGCUUGCUGAUGAUGGGGGGGUGAACAGGGUCACAUGCAUGUGUAUGUGUCCAUGGUGCUCUCUCCCUGGAAGGAGAAUUUUGUGGUUGAACAUCCGGGGCAAGGAGGCAGCCACCUGGUCCAUGUUUCACAUCUCCACACCAUUGCCAGGGACGACUGGGGGAUUCCUGAGCUGCAUCUUGGGCCUAGUAUUGCCCCUGGCCUAUGGCUUCCAGCCUGACCUGGUGUUAGUGGCGCUGGGGCCUGCCCAUGGCUUACAGGCUCCUCAGGCUGCUCUCUUGACUGCAAUGCUUCAGGGUCCAGCAGGGGGCCGAGUCCUGGCCUUGGUGGAGGAGGAAGCUACACCUCAGCUUGUAAGGACCUUGGCACAUGUCCUGCAUGGAGAAGCACCUCCCUGCCUGGGCUCCUUCUUGAUGGCUUCUCCAGAAGACAUCCAAGCCCUGAUGUACCUGAAAGCACAGCUGAAGCCACAGUGGAAGUUGCUAUAGAUGGCUGUUGAGACACACCAGGAGGUGUAGCUCUGCUUUAGAGCUAUGUGGAAAACCAGCUUCCCAGGCCCUGCUCUUCCUGGCUUGAAAUGGGUCAAGGUGGGCAAUUCAUACCAGGAGAGGAGCACACUCCAGGCUCAGUGCAGCAUUGGUCUGAGACCUCGGUUAGCUCGAGUAAACGUCGGUUAAACAAA